GUUCUUUUUUGGAUUUCAUUUCGUUCAUUAAAACAUUUAAGCAUAGAAAAAACAUUCCAAUGUGGUUAUGAGACUAUGUAAAGUACUGCUCUAUCGCAGUGCCAAUUAUGGCCAAUAUAAUACAAUUAUCCCACGCGUCCAACGCCGAUACUUUGCAGCUCGAAAACGAAAAGAUGACCCUAUUGAAGACAAUACCAAUGACGAACCGCAAGCGAGCGACUGGGAAGAUGCUUUCACUAUCAAUUCAGAAAACAAGACGAUAGGGACAGCCGUAGGCGAUCUACCAUUGUCGCCUGUAAUGGAUCCUUCAUUCUGGGAAGCGAGGCAACGACAUUCACGUCCAAAGCCAAAAGCCGGACGCCCUCAAAACUCGGUCGAGCGCCAGCUCCGAGCCAAUCCGUUCGCUGCGGCCCUCGCGACACCUAUACGCAUGUGCGCCAUAACCCAGACACGACUACCAAGUUUCUUCCUUCAACAAUUCAAACUCGUUGCUCACCCCGAGACCGGCGCCCCGUGGUUGAUUCCCUAUAAAGACCUACCCAAAGAAAAUGAGUCAGCCGAAGAACCAGACAGCCAGGGGGCAUUGGAAGCCAUAGAUGACACAAUACAGACGAACAUAGAAGAAACAGAAGUCAAGCCGAGCAAUCCCCAAGAACAAGAGCCCACUUCGACGGCCGACGAACGACCACGUGGCCCAGGAUCCUAUGUCUUAGCAAGACAAGAUUUCCUAGCUUCUUUCAAAAGGAAACAAUCGGGGUUCGAGAGCGCCCCGAAACGCCUAACGGGAGGAGGCGGAAGCUUGAAAUAUCUAGCUAACAAAGUCGUCUGGCGUGAGGACAUGGACUCGUACAUUCUACAAAUCAUGCGGCAAGAUAUCGUCAACGACAUACUAUACCUCUCCAGACUUUGCACGGAAGGUGGGCGGUAUUAUAUCGUCAAAUGCUACGGUUGGGAUGAUGUCAAGUUCAAGCACAAGGGCGCCGUGCUUUGGUUCGGGCCAGAGGGCAAUGAAGACAGCUCCAACGUACCCGGGCAAUUUGCGACAUGCGAAACCCAAAAGACAGGCAUCCAAGGCGAGACAGUCUACAUGAGUCUAGCUGUACACAACAUGCCAAUGCUCCUAGGCGAGGAUGAAGCAAGUCGUAUUCAAAAGGAGGCCGGCGCCCUGAAAGAUGGAACCCUCUUCAUGCUUGCAGGACGACGGACGACGAAGCUACAAAUGAAACUUUGGAAACUCCAAGGGUAUAUGGCAGACUAUUCAGGGUACACGGACUUCAAAUUUGACCAACAGCGUAAAUAAAUUAAUAAGAAAUUUAUCUGUCAUACAUAUCUUGUUAUAUAAGGCGAAGAAGUCGACGUGUUGCGUUAUUGAAAAUAAGAUUCGCAAAAUUAUACCUAUCUAAAAUUACAAUGCCCUCUACGAAUAGCUCGUAAGUAGAAACUUACAUAGAUAUGUCAAUAAUUAAUACAUAAAUGCAUCAAUACUUUAGUGAUGUGGCCAAAUAAUUCCCUUCGAUAUAUGCACGUCUAGUUUUAGCGAGAGGUUAGUAAAGAAGAUGGUGAUGUAGGUAGGGUUACGUAUUUCAUACCACAAGCGACAGUAUCACAAGUAUCUUGACAAUUAAAUUUCAUAGCGAACUUCAUUUC